AUGAAGACGCUCUCAUGCAACGCGACGAGCAAACUGGAGCGGCUGGGACUGCUGGCGUCGCUGAUGGAUUCCGGUGGGAUGCGUCCACCUAUUGACGGCUGUGAUGUUAUGCUCUUGACACUAGGUGACCGAAGAGGAGACGCUUGGGUUCAAUUCCUUGCAGCAGCACCGAAGGAGGCCAUGGAGAAGCUGAUUGAAGCAGCCAUGGACGCUGACGCUCUCACUGAGGAAGCAGCCGCAUUGAAUGAACGCAAGAACGUUCACUGGCUGGAGAUGUGCUCAAGAAUUUUCAUGUACAGCCCGUAUGGUCAGGCCAACACUUUGGGCGAACAACUGGCCAUUCGGUGCAUCAAAGAGCAUCUAGACACCGUGGACCCGGAGGGCGAGUUCUCCCACGUUUCGGAUCGCAUUUGGCGCGAGAGCAUCAGUGGGAAAACGUCGGAAUUGGUCAAGAAAGCACGCGAUGAUGGGUCGCUUGAAGAUUUGGACUAUCAGGGUGAAGACCUGGCGAUGCGGCUUUUGAGAGUAUUGUCCGAUAUUGAGUCAAUCGAAGAAACAGGCUCGCUGGAAAUAAUAGACUGCAAACCUUUGACACCUGCGGAGGUGGCGGGCGUUCACAGUAGUCUACCGGAAGAGUGGCUGCCGCUGCUGCCGGAAGCGACCCGGGACAGCGAUGUCGAGUGCGGCCUGAGUUGUGGGUCCACUCGAUACGUCCCGAGCCGACGCUGCCUGAUUGCUUCUGCUAUUUCUGCCGGUGCUGUUGUAGUUGGUGGGACACUUGGGGGGCUGAUUUAUGCUUUGAGUAGCGGUAACUCACCCGCGAUUAGUUUGGUGACGUCUGAUCAGCUGCAAGAGAGCACCGUGAAAGGAGCUUUGUUGAAUACUACCGACGUGACUCCGACAGAGCUUACCACAACUACCACAACUACCACAACCACCACCACUCCAUAUCCAAGUCGUUUCGGGACCUGGAUGACUGAGUCCAUGUUGAAAGAGCUCCAAACUGUAGAGCCAACAUGCCAGAAGCUAUUCGACUCCUUAGGGUAUAAGACAGGCAGCUGGCCCGUUAUGGACGCAGAUGGAGGGCCAUAUCCAUGUGGUGGUGGCAGUGGGCAGUUGCUAUGUGCAACGCGUCAAAACAACGCCGUAGGAACGUGUUAUCAUUUUGGCGGUCCGUGGACGUACGAAGCCUUUGCGGUAAAGGAGGCGAUUGGACAUUAUCUACAAGACGGUAGAGAAUGCGUUGUUCGAUGUGAUGGUGAAGAGGAGGCCUUACGCAAUUCGUGGGAGGUGACCCAAAAAAGUUUAUUGUCGAUUCCACCCUAUCCUGGUCGGGGGUUCCUAAAAUUCACUAACAGAAUGUCAAUUCCCAACCUGAAUGACUUCGAAGCGAUGAUGCGCCCGCGUUAUCCUGUGGAAGAAAACUGCUCCGGAUCGUGUGUCGAUUGUGUUGAGGAUACUGGCACCAGGACAUGUUCCUGUAACUUUGCGCGAGUCAAGUGUCAAGUCCGAACCAAGGCUGAGCAGCAGGAGAACAAAAUUGAGCUAGUUGCUUAUAAUGAGGACCCGAGGUUCCU